AUGGCCGUGUCCGCCCAGCUCUUGGUGGAGGAGUUGGAGAUCUUCGGCCUAGAAUGCGAGGAGGCUCUGGUUGAGAAGUUGAUAGAGCUGUGUGUUCUGUAUGGACAGAAUGAGGAGGGAAUGGCUGGCGAGCUUAUAGCCUUCUGCACCAGCACACGUAAAGACUGCCUCACCUCAGAGACCCUAAACUCUUUUGAGCACGAGUUUCUGAGCAAAAGAUUGUCCAAAGCCAGGCUCGGUGCCUCCAAGGACAGCGGGCAUGCAGGAGCCAGAGACAUCGUUUCCAUACAAGAGCUAAUUGAAGUGGAGGAGGAAGAGGAGACCCUCUUGAACGCUUACACCACACCCUCUAAGGGUUCUCAGAAGCGAGCUAUCACCACUCCAGAAACCCCCCUCACAAAAAGGAGUGUGUCUACUCGAAGCCCCCAUCAGCUCCUAUCACCAUCAAGUUUCUCUCCAAGUGCUACUCCCUCUCAGAAAUACAGCUCGAGAAGUAACCGAGGAGAAGUGGUUACCUCCUUUGGCUCAGCCCAGGUGAUGUCUUGGUCCGGGAGAGAAGGAGCCAGUAACAUCAGCCUGAAGGUCUUGGGGUAUCCAGAGCCGCUAACCGGGAGCUACAAAUCCAUGUUUCAGAAGCUCCCAGACAUUCGAGAAGUUCUGACCUGUAAGAUAGAAGAACUUGGCACUGAGCUCAAGGAGCAUUACAAGAUUGAGGCUUUUACUCCUGUUCUAGUCACAGCACAAGAGCCCGUCACCCUGCUGGGCCAGAUUGGCUGUGACAGCAACGGGAAGCUGAACCACAAGUCGGUGGUUCUUGAGGGAGAUCGGGAGCAUUCCUCAGGCGCUCAGAUUCCAGUGGAUCUAUCUGAGCUCAAAGAGUAUUCUCUGUUUCCUGGACAGGUUGUGGUUAUGGAAGGAAUCAACACCACUGGUAGAAAACUUGUUGCCACCAGACUCUACGAGGGCGUGCCACUUCCGUUCCAUCAGCCCACUGAAGAGGAUGGAGAUUCUGAGCAAAUCAUGGUCCUGGUGGCCUGUGGGCCAUACACCACAUCUGACAGCAUCACGUUUGACCCCCUGCUCGACCUGAUCACCGUCAUCAACCGUGACCAGCCCGACGUCUGCAUCCUGUUUGGACCUUUCCUGGAUGCUAAGCAUGAACAGGUAGAGAGCUGUCUACUGACAAGCCCAUUUGAAGACGUUUUCAAGCAAUGUCUACGAACGAUUAUCGAAGGGACACGAAGCUCCGGCUCACACCUCAUCUUCAUCCCAUCACUGAGAGACGUGCACCAUGAGCCUGUGUACCCACAGCCGCCCUUCAGCUGCUCCGACCUGCCUCGUGAGGACAAAAAGCGAGUACACUUUGUGUCCGAGCCCUGCACGCUCUCCGUAAAUGGAAUGAUCUUUGGCUUGACAUCCACCGAUCUGCUGCUCCACAUGGGGGCUGAGGAGAUCAGUAGUUCUUCUGGAACUUCAGACAGGUUCAGCCGAAUACUCAAGCACAUCCUGACGCAGCGGAGCUACUACCCGCUCUACCCUCCCCAGGAGGACAUGGCCAUUGACUAUGAGAAUUUCUACGCCUAUGCACAGCUGCCCGUCACCCCCGAUGUCUUCAUAGCCCCUUCAGAGCUGAGAUACUUUGUGAAGGACAUCCUUGGCUGCAUCUGUGUGAAUCCCGGGCGCCUCACCAAAGGGCAGGUGGGGGGCACCUUCGGCCGACUCUACCUUAGGAGGCGGGCCGCGGACACUGAGGGCAGGCGGAGCCCCUGUACUGCUGCCCAGGUGGUCAGGAUCUGA